UCGUAGUUUUCAAGUUGGAAUAUCGUGAACGUCGGAUGGACUGCAUUAUCGAUUUUGUUCCAUAACCGUGGUUACUGGAGGUUUUUGGAAGAAUUUGUCUGGUUUUCCUUCCGUUUGUCAACACGGAUCAGCAAAGGAACGAUGAGCGACGGUGGAGGUCAGGUUAGGCAGCGCAAGAAAAGUGCCAGUGAUGGCGGAGGCAAUCGGCCACGUAAAUCGAAGUUCACUUCUUCAACUGGAUCGAGCACCGGUUCAUCGCCAAGCGUCGCCCAACAGCAUCAGAUGUGGGCCCGGCUAGUGCUUAUGGUUGGCAUUGCGGCCAUCGUGUACUUCACGACGUUCCGUACCCGGGAAAAGAAGUUUGCCACCCAACGGGAGGUGCUCGAUCUACGCACCCAACCAUUGGACUGCUCGCGACCCUACCUCGAGGAGAUAUCGAAGUUUGCCGGCUGCAUUCCGGCCAACUGUGGGCGGUUUGUAAGCGACAAGAUAGUCUCCCCGGCCGAGGCAGGCAUUCUGCUCGAUCUCGCCCGGGCUGGCUUCGAGCUGGGUCAGUCGGCCGGUGGGGCGUCCAUACUGGACCUCCACUCCGGUGCCCUCUCGAAGGGCACGCAGUUUAUCAACGUAUAUCGGUUGCCUGAGGCGAAGAAGCUCUUCACCAGCCAACACAUCAACGUGUACCGGCACGUAAAGGACAAGGUGCAGAAGGCGGUCGCCGACAACUUCCGGCUAAACGUGGACUCCCUGCAUCUCACCCACCCAACGUUCUUCUCGCGGCUCACGAACGGCACGGCCAAGACGAUCCACGACGAGUACUGGCACGCGCACGUGGACAAGGAAACGUACAACUCGUUCCACUACACCACGCUGCUGUAUCUGACCGACUACGGGAAAGACUUUGCGGGCGGACGCUUCGUGUUCAUCGACAACGAGGGCAAGCAUAACCGCACGAACGUGUACAUCGAGCCGAAGAGGGCCCGUGUCAGUGGGUUCACUUCCGGCGGGGAAAACAUGCACCACGUGGAGCAGGUCACGAGUGGCGUCCGGUACGCGAUAACCAUUUCGUUCACCUGCGAUCGCGAGUACGCGAUGGCCGAUCCCAAGUUUGCGCUCGAAGAAGCCGGCGAGGAGGACGAGACGAGCGAAACGAAUGCGACCUCGGCCUGAGACAAACCACCGGACACCGUACUGACCAUUCGCACGCUGGAAGA